CAGAACUCGACGAGAAUGACUGUAAGUAUCAGCCCGGAAAUGACUUCGCGCCUGAUCUGUUCAAGUCUUUCAAGGGCUCUCAUGUACUUGAACCCUCUAACCAGGCUAUAUCAUCACACCUCUGGGAUCGAUGCGUGCAAUUCCGGGAUGAGGUCUCCAGUCCAGGUUUCGCCAUUUAAUAUGACAUGAGCGCAUUGAGAACGACCGCAGGCGAGAAGAGAUAUGAUUUAUGCAUUUCACUGUGGCAAGUCGCUCAGAAUGGGCGAUUAGAGUCUUCGGCCGUCAAAUUUGAACGGACGGCUCCUUUCUUGAGACCAGAGAGCACAGAUCCUCGUGUCUUAUCUAUCGUUCAAGAUCCCGAACAAUUACUGCCGCCCACCAGCGAGUUCCAGUUGGGAUUUGUCGGGCUUCCGGAGGCCGAUCACUCUACACAUCUAGAAGUCGUCAAGUACUGUCUCGGUGAUUGCGGUAGACACCACACAUGCAAGCCGCUCGAGCAUGCCGACGCUGGAGCCAAGCUUCGAAUGCAGACCAGGUUGCUCGACGUUGGAAAACAUGGAGAUGAGAGAAUUCUGCUGUGGGCCACAACUCUCAAAGACUCUGGCGAGUGGAUUGCACUUUCGCACCGAUGGGGACUUCAAUAUCUUUCAACUACCCCUGAGACUCUCCACUCACAUCUUGGUGGCAUCGAAUUCAGCGCUCUCCCAGCCACUUUCAGAGAUGCAGUGACAGUGACUCGCACUCUAGGGCGUCGCUGCCUCUGCAUUGAUUCCCUUUGCGUUAUCCAAGGUCCGGGUGGCGACUUCAACACUGAGGCAAAACAAAUGAAAGACGUCUACAGCGGCGCUUACUGUGUGAUCGCCUGUAAGCUGUUCAGUUGACCACUUUUCGGGGUUUCUUAAGCAGCGAAAACGCAGGAGCUAUGUUGGGUUGUGCCGCGAAGUCAAAGGCCAGACACCCUUCUAUGUAUGCGAAAGUAUCGACAACUUCAAGGACCAUGUUCUCGAUGGCGAGCUGAAUAGUCGCGGGUGGGUGUUACAAGAGCAUGCUCUGGCUCAUCGAACACUAUUUUUUUUUUACAGAACACUAAACAUACUCUGAGUGUGGGAAAGGCGUACGUUGUGAAACCUCU